AUGGAGGCCAUUCUUGUUCAAGACGGAGUUGAUCUAGCGAUUCAUGGAAUCGAGAACAAACCAGAAGAUGUAAAGGAUGCGGAUUUCGCUGAUAUGGAUAAAAAGGCUAGAUCCAGCAUAAUUUUGAAUCUCUCCAAUGAGGUAUUGCGUGAGAUAGCAACGGAGACUUCGGCCAAAGCUAUGUGGGAUAAAUUGAAAGCCUUGUAUUCAGGUGGAGAUGGAAUUCUCAAAAUCACUCGAGGAGCUUUUGUUGUUAUGAAGGCACACAGAUCUGAUACUUUGUAUAUUUUGCAAGGAUCUAUUGUUACAGGUGCUGCUGCUGUUUCAACAUCAUCUGUAUCAGAUACAGAUAUCACCAAAUUAUGGCAUAUGCGUUUGGGGCACAUGAGUGAAAAAGGCUUGGGCAUACUGAGCAAAAGAGGACUUCUUUGUGGACAAAGUACCGGGCCAUUGGAAUUCUGUGAACAUUGUAUUUUUGGGAAGCAGAAAAGAGUCAGCUUCAGUUCACCAGCAAUUCACAAGACAAAAGGUACUCUUGAUUAUAUUCAUUCAGAUCUAUGGGGUCCUUCUCGUGCUCCUUCUAAAGGUGGUGCCAGGUACAUGUUGACUUUCAUUGAUGAUUAUUCAAAGAAAGUUUGGGAGUCUUCUAGUCCAUGUACUACUGAUAGUACACAGAAGCAGGUGGAGCUUGAUAUUGGCAGUUCUGGUCCUUCUCAAUCCAAAUCUUCUAUUCAGCAAGUGCCAGUAGAUGCACCUGAAUCUACUGUUGAAGAUAGUUCAGAAGAAGAGGAGUAUUCCAUAACCAGAGAUAGAGCAAGGAGAGACAUUCGAUCACCACAAAGAUAUGCAAAUUUAAAUGAAAUGUGGGUUCUUGUAAAGCCGCCAUCAGCUAAGAAAAUUGUUGGUUGCAAGUGGAUUUUCAAGAAAAAGGAAGGUAUUCCAGGGGUUGAAAAUGCAAGAUAUAAAGCACGAUUGGUUGCAAAGGGCUAUAGUCAGGUACAAGGUGUUGAUUUUAAUGAUAUAUUCUCACCUGUUGUUAAAUAUAGCUCUAUUCGUGUUUUGCUUGCUUUAGUUGCCAUGUAUAAUUUGGAGUUAGAACAACUCGACGUUAAGACAGCUUUCUUACAUGGCGAACUUGAAGAACAAAUUUAUAUGAGACAAUCUCAGGGUUUUGAAAUUGAAGCCUCCUUAGCCAUGUUCCCGCCCAAUAUUACCACUGAUCAGUCAUCUCUUCUUGCCUUGAGAGCUCACAUUUCAGUUGACCCUCUACAAAUCUUCGCCAAAAACUGGUCCGUUGGCUCUUCGGUCUGCGAAUGGAUUGGAGUCUCUUGUGGCUCUCGUCAUCGUAGAGUGACUGCCCUGAAUAUUUCAAGCAUGGGCCUUUCCGGCACCUUACCUCCACAACUGGGAAAUCUAUCAUUUCUUGUUUCUCUUGACAUGAGUGCGAACAACUUCCAUGGAGAACUACCACAUGAGUUUGUCGGAUUGCGACGAUUAAAACUACUUAAUUUGGGCGUCAACAAUCUUGAAGGAGAGCUCCCCCACUGGAUUGGUUCAUUUCAUCAGCUUCGUCACUUGAAUCUUAGAAACAAUAGUUUCACUGGUCUAAUCCCUUCUUCCAUCUCUAACAUGUCAAACCUACAGUAUAUACAUCUUUCGUUCAACCCUCUGCAAGGAAACAUUCCUAUAGGGAUUUUCAAUAUUUCCUCGCUGCAAGUGAUUAACCUUAGAAAUAAUGGCCUGUCCGGAGUUCUUCCAAGUGACAUGUGUUACCAUCUUCCUGGACUGAGUUUACUUAACCUAUCAUUUAACAAGUUCUAUGGUCAUUUACCAUCAAGUACUUUAGCUCAAUGUUCAGAACUUCGGGCGCUGUCUUUGUCUUACAACGAAUUUGGAGGUUCCAUACCAAAAGAAAUUGGAGCACUGAAGAAGCUUGAGGUGCUAUUCCUGGGUUACAACUAUUUAGAAGGUCAAAUUCCAAAAGAGAUUGGUAAUUCAACUAUGAUUAAAAUACAAAAUUUUGAACACAACAACUUAACAGGUAUAAUACCGCGAGAGAUUGGUAACUGGUACUUUCUCCAACAACUCGACAUGGAAUUCAAUAGCUUAACUGGUUCCAUACCAAUAGAGAUCUUCAACCUCUCAAAGUUGAGUGCUAUGUUACUUGUACAAAAUCAACUUUCAGGCAAUCUUCCAUCAACAUUCGGUUAUAGGCUUCCCAAUUUAGAAGGGCUUUUUCUCGGCAGUAAUCACCUUUUUGGAGCAUUACCUAGUUCAAUCUCAAAUUCUUCCAAUCUCCGUGUCAUAGAUAUUGGUGGUAACAAGUUCGCGGGUCCAAUUCCUACUUCCCUGGGGGACCUAAGUCACCUAGAAGUGCUGAUUCUAGAUGGCGACAAAUUAACGGGUGACUCCACAUCUCCAGAGUUGAGCUUCAUCACUUCAUUGGCAAAAUGCAAAUAUUUGGCAGCAUUGUCUUUGGAUGGCAAUCCAUUGAAUGGGAUCAUUCCAGACUCGGUCAGUAAUCUUUCAACUUCCCUUGAAGAACUAACUGCACCGAAUUGUAAAAUAAAGGGCAGCAUUCCUGAUGGAAUUGGAAACUUGACAAGUUUGAUCCUAUUAGAUCUAUCAAACAAUGACUUAACUGGGUCAUUGCCAGCUGCAAUAAAAGAUUUGCAAAAGCUUCAAUACAUGGAUCUCAGUAUGAACAAACUAAUUAGCAGAGUCCCCCUGCAUCUUCUUUGUGCUCUCCACAACUUGGAUACAAUGUACCUUGGACAAAAUCAAAUUAUGGCCUCAAUUCCAAAGUGCUUCGGAAAUCUUACUUCCCUGAGGCAUCUUGACCUAAGUUACAACAGGCUAUAUUCUGCUCCACCUGAGGAAAUAUGGAACCUAAAAGAUCUCUUGGAGCUUGACCUCUCCUCAAAUCUGCUUAGUGGAUCUUUGUCGUAUGCUAUUACGAAUAUGAAGAUGGCGAAUUGGGUUGAUUUGUCAGCCAAUCAGUUCUCAGGUGGCAUUCCUGACUCAAUUGGAGAUAUGCAGAACCUGCAAAAUCUUUCUUUAGCACACAACAAAUUGCAAGGAUCAAUCCCAGAAUCGAUUGGUAAGGUGUUCAGCUUGGAGUCAUUGGAUCUAUCACAUAACUUUCUCUCUGGAUCAAUUCCAAUGUCAAUGGAGAACCUUCGGUAUCUUAGACAUUUCAAUGUCUCUUUUAACAAUUUAAGUGGUGAAAUUCCAUCCAAAGGGCCAUUUACAAACUGCACUGCCGAAUCCUUCGCUUCAAAUCAAGCCCUCUGUGGAGCUCAAAGGUUUCUUGUGCCUCCAUGCCUAACUAUUUCAGCUCACAGAUCAAUAACAAAAAGAGUGCAUCGAACCAUUUUUAUUUCACUCGGGGUAAUAAUAGCAGUGGGAGCCUUGUCCUUUGGAUUUGUUUACCUGAGAUAUCGAAGGAAAGAUAAACUUCCCAAUGGAGCCAAUUUAUCCUUGGUUGCAAUGCCAGAAAGAAUUUCAUAUUUUGAACUUCUACAAGCAACUAACAGGUACAAUGAAAGCAAUUUGUUGGGGGCUGGAAGCUUUGGAUCUGUUUAUAGGGGCACUCUUGUUGACGGAAGGGCUGUGGCUGUUAAGGUGUUUAAUUCACAAAUGGAAGGAGCGUUCAAGAGUUUUGAUGUAGAAUGUGAAGUGUUGCGCAAUCUUCGCCAUCGAAACCUCACAAAAGUCAUCAGUAGUUGCUCUACCCCUGAGUUUAAGGCAUUAGUGCUUGAGUUCAUGCCUAAAGGAAGCCUCGAGAUGUGGUUGUAUUCGCACAACUAUUUUCUGGAUCUGAUGCAGAGAUUGGACAUAUUGAUUGAUGUGGCCUGUGCAUUGCAAUAUCUCCACUGUGAGUAUGCAACUCCAGUAAUUCAUUGUGAUCUAAAGCCAAGUAAUGUGCUGCUGGAUCAAGACAUGGUUGCCCAUCUAAGUGAUUUUGGCCUUACAAAGUUGUUGGGCGAGGAAAACAGCAUCACAUACACCGAAACACUAGCCACACUUGGCUAUCUCGCACCAGAGUAUGGGUUGGAAGGAUUGGUAUCAGCAAAAUGCGACAUCUACAGUUUUGGAAUCAUGAUAAUGGAAGUCUUCACGAGAACAAAUCCCAACAGUGAAAUGUUUGGUGAAAAAUUGAGCCUGAAGAGCUGGGUGGCUAAUUCAAUACCUGAUGGAUUAGCUAAUGUCAUCGAUGCUAAUUUGCUAAAGAAGAGUGAUAAAUGCAUUGGUGAAAAGCUAAGCUGCAUAGCCUCAAUCAUGAAAGUGGCUCUGGGCUGCACAAUGGAGUCUCCAAAAGAGAGAAGCAGCAUACAAGAUGUUCUUGUUGCGAUGAAAAAGAUCAAGCUUCAGUACACGAGUCCCCUCUGUUCAGGGGCUUAA